AAAUGUUUAAAAAAGGACAAAAAGAAAAAAGAGUGAGAAAAAAGUGAAAAAGGGUAAAGGAGGAGAUUGAAACAGCUGAAAAUUUGCUUAUAGUAAUUAAUUAAUUCAAGUACUAUAGAAAAAGGUUAAGCGAGAGAUUUGAUUUGAUUUUUGAUUUCGGACGACCGAUUUGGAAUCAGGCAUUUUUAUUAAAUAAAAUCUUAAAGCAUUGGUGAGUUUAAUUCGAUGUCGAGCGAGAAAGUCCCCGUUGAGUUGUCCAAGGGCGUUAACGGCCUUGAGAAAAUCAUCCUCCGCGAGACACAUGGCAGCUCCGCCGAGGUUUAUUUGUAUGGCGGGCAUGUAACAUCUUGGAAGAAUGAGCAUGGAGAGGAGUUGCUGUUCGUCAGUAGUAAGGCAUUAUUCAAGCCUCCAAAAGCAAUUCGUGGAGGAAUUCCAAUAUGCUUCCCUCAAUUUUCUAAUCAUGGUCCUCUUGAGUCACAUGGUUUUGCUAGAAAUAAAUUCUGGAGCAUUGACACUGAUCCACCUGCUUUUCCAACAAACUCAUCCAGCAAAGCUCACAUUGAUUUGAUCCUUAGGCCUUCUGAAGAAGAUAUGAAGAUUUGGCCUCACAGUUAUGAGUUCCGCCUGAGGGUAGCUUUAGGACCUGGAGGAGAUCUAAUGUUAACAUCUCGUAUCAGGAAUACGAAUACUGAUGGGAAGCCGUUUACAUUCACAUUCGCAUAUCACACUUAUUUUUCUGUUUCUGACAUCAGUGAAGUCCGUGUGGAAGGAUUAGAGACACUUGAUUAUCUGGAUAACUUACAGAACAGGGAGCGUUUUACUGAACAGGGAGAUGCAAUAACAUUUGAAACAGAAUUGGACAAGAUAUACCUCAGUACUCCUACAAAAAUUGCAAUUCUGGAUCAUGAAAAGAAGAGAACCUUCGUAUUACGCAAAGAUGGACUCCCUGAUGCUGUGGUGUGGAAUCCCUGGGAUAAAAAGGCAAAGACUUUGGCUGAUUUUGGAGAUGAUGAAUACAAGCAUAUGCUCUGUGUGGAGGCUGCUGCUAUUGAGAAACCUAUCACAUUGAAACCCGGUGAGGAAUGGAGAGGAAGGCAAGAACUUUCUGCUGUUCCUUCUAGUUAUUGUAGUGGGCAACUUGAUCCUCAGAAAGUCCUCCAGGGCAGCUGAAAGACACAUUACUGUGGUCACUAUUAUGUACAGGAUUAUAAUGCAACAUGUGGAUGGAUCCUGGACUUUUGAUGGUUGAAGGAUGGAUACAUGAGUAGCUAGGACAUUGUCCAAUAAUGUUUGCUUCCAAAGAUGAUUGUUUUUCAACCAAAAUACAAAUGGAGGAUAAUAUUUGGGGAGUGUCAAGUGAACCAAACAAAGCUUAAAAUAGAAUUGCUGGUAUAUGAUGUGAAAUUGCAUGUUUUUCAUUGGAGCCUCCUCUUGUGCCCAAGUAUGUUGUUCCUUACCUGCUAUUAUAUUUACUUUUCAUAAACCGAAGGGAGCAAUUACUAUUAUUAUUAUAUCGUUUUGAUUCUUGCUGAUGUUGAAGAAUGGUAUGUAUUCCAGCUGUGGAUCAGCUAUGUCUGUCCUGUGAAUUGAACAGCCGCUCAGGCAUUGUGAGAAUCUACUAAUUAAAUUGUGUUGGAUUA